UUUUUAGCAUACAGUUGCUUAUUCACUCAACACCUCGGAUACAACACACUCUAACUCGGUUCGUCAGUUCUGCAACCAGCCCGACGUUGCUGAGUUCUCGAUGACUACAGCUGCCACCUACUCACCUAAAAAAACUUUGCGACCAGACGAAAUCAACGCCAUCAUUGAAUCAACUCUGGCUUCUCGUCGUCUGCUUGUUGCUUUCGUCAAAUAUGCCUCUAAGAUACCCAUAAAACAGUCUCAUGACUUUGACUAA